AUGAAUGGUCUUUUCAAUUAGUUUGAUCUCUCCAACUUCUUGCCUACAGCUUAUGUAGUAGAAGCUGCCCCGUUGUGCUCUAUUAUAGAUAAUGCUGUGAGAUCGGAGAGAGUGGGAGACCAGGAUCCAAGGAUUUAUAGUGUGUACAACCAGAGCAAGGAUAGAAUUACCUAAUAAACCAAUUUAGUAGAUAAGAUAGCCAGAUUCGUUAAAGAUGAUGAAGAGAAAGAGGAGGAUCCAGAUCCAGAUCAAUCAGCUCAAGUGUAGACUAGAUACUUUAAUCUUGAUAGUAUUGAUGUACUCUCUAAAGGAGUGUGCAGAAGAUGCAAAAAACCUGGCCAUUUUGAAAAAUGGUGUGUUGAAGACAUUGCUGAAUCUAAAGUGACUUGUCGAUUUUGUUUGGGAGAUCAUUAUUAUUUAAAAUGCCCUAAUAGUUUAUGCUUCAAGUGCAACCAGGCUGGACAUAUGGCAAAGGAUUGCGAUGUUGAGGGGUUCAAAUGUCAUAGAUGCAAUAAAAAGGGGCAUAAGUCUAAGGAUUGUAAUGAUAAGCAAAGAUUAAAGGAUCUUUUAUGCAUUAAUUGCUAAGAGAGAGGACAUUUGAAUUGUUUUUCAAAAGGAUAUAAAAAAUAUGAUUUACUCUAUUGUGAAGGGAAGGAAUAAAGAGAAAGAGAAAAAAUGAAUAGAGUGGAUCAUUCUUAAAAGAAUAAACAUAAUCAUUAACAUCACCAUUAACAUAAUCAUGACCAUCGUCAUCAUGAGAAUUAAUAUAGAUAAAAGCACUAAAAAAAUGAAUAUAGUCAAAAUAUGCCACAUAAGACCAAAAAAACAAUUUAAAAACAUUAUUAGUAAGACUCACCUUCAUAAUAUUCAAUUUGGUCUGAAGAGUCUCCAAAUGCUAAAAGGAUGGAAAUAAGAAAAAAUAGAAAAAGUUUUAAAAAUAAUUUAAUUGAUUAUAAUAUUAUGUUUAAUAAUCCUUAAGAAUAUGUCGCACAAAAAAAAGAUGCCUUUCGAUCUGAAAUUCGUAGAAUGGAUAGAGAAAGAAUAUUUAAUUAAAAAAGGAUUUUAAUUAGAUAAGAGAAUGAAAUGAGAGAAAAAGACGAUUUAGAAUUAACCAACUUAAUACCAUAAAUUUAAUAAUCUUAAUUGAAUUAGAAUAUUUAAGAAUUAAAAUAACUUCAUCUGUUUGCAUUUAAUUGUGUCUCUAACUAUAACUCUAACCAAAUAACAUAGAAUCAAGAAUUCUUAAUUACAAAUAAUUAUUUAUAACACAGCCUCCCUAGUUUAAUGAUGAAAGAAGUCUAAUGUGAUGUCAUUAGAACCCUAGCUAAUUCUUGCAACCAUCCUUCAUUUUUAUAAUAAUAACCUUAAAAUUUAAUCCAAUCUUUAGAAAUUUCAUAUCUAUUACUUCUUUCAUUAACAGACAACUAGGAUAUAAGCGAUAUUCUUAUAUAUUUGGGAAAUAUUGCCAAUAAAUGGCCAGAAAUUUGUUAAUAUUUAGUCAAGUGUUUUGAUCGCUUAUUAGAACUGAGUGCAUCAGCCGACAGUAAUCUAUAUAGAAAUAUAUGUUUCUGCAUGCACAAUAUAUGUUAUAUUAUGGAUAAUCAUAAUCUAAGCAUCAAAGAUAGAAUCACAUGCUUAUAAAUUCUAGAAAAAGGAGUUAAUAGAACUGAUUGCGAUAUGUUAUAAAAUGAAAUAUUGCAUCCAUUAACUGUAUUAUAUGCACAAAAUGAAGAGAUUGAUAAGUACUUGAUAAGUUCAAAGAUAGUAUAAUAUGUUUUUUCGGCUUUAAAAGGAGAGUUUGAGGGAACAACUUUGCAGGUUUUGAAAUAGUUUUCAUUAACAGACUCUAUAAGUUUUUCAAAUUUUUUGAUAGAGUAGAACAUCUUAGAUGUGGCUUUCGAAUAUAUCAACAAUAGAAAGAAAUAAAUAAGAAAAUUGUCCUUCUUAAUGGUAAUUAACCUUGCUUAUAAUGAUCGUUAAAUCUCAAAUAAAAUUGUUUAACAUAAAAUCAUUAACAGAGUUAUAAAUGGGUUAAUUGCUUCAGCUCUGUAAGAAAAGUAAAAUUGCAUCCAAGUCAUUUAAAAUCUUUAAAAGACAGGAGAUAAUGCAGUGUUUCAGACACUCAUUGAAUUAGGAACAAUAGAGAUAAUAGGGAAUUUGAUUGAUGAAGUUGAUACAGUAGUUUUAAAGAUCUUUGUGGACACUCUCUGUAGGUUCUUGAAUUAUGCAAAAGAAGUUUAAUCUAAUAAAAUAAUUGAAGAUAUUAAGAAGAUCAAACCAAAAUUAGAAUUAAUAUAUAAUGAGAACAAAGAUCCGAAAUUUUAAGAUCUAUUUCAAUUGUUUUUGUAGCUUUUAUAAUGA